UUAGUAGAGUAUAACUUAAUCAUUUAAUUGAUUAAUGAAAAAAAAGCAUUUUUAUUAGUUAAUUCUCUAUGGAUUAUUUGUUAAAUAAAGUGAAAUCUAAAAAAAAAGUUCAAUUGUGUGUAAAAUUUCGGUACUAUAAUCAAGUAGCUACGUUACUGCCAUAUCACGAGACAUGCGCAAACAGCCUUCUUGCCGGCACAACAUACAUUCGUUUUGUUCGUUUUCACCACGUUUUAUCUCGAGGGCUUGAUUGCCAGUUAAAUGUGACAGAAAUAGUGUUUUAAUUUCCCAAAAAAGGAUAAAAGGUACAUAAAUAGGAGCUUUCUAUUGUUAACAUUCGGAAAAUCACAAAAAGAUUCAAACUAGGUAAUGAUUUUUGACAUCGUGAAAAAUUAUAAGUAUUAUUAGAAUCAUGUCAAAACCCUAUUAUCGGCAAAAAAAAAAAUAUGUUUUUUAAACGAAAACAUUCUAAUGCAUUUGAAGAGUCAGAACUUGAGUUACCUAAUUUUGGAGCGAAAAAAUUAAAACUUGAUCGUGAAAGCACCGAAAUCACCUAAUAAUGUUCCUGGCAAUAUUCAUCCUAAUGGUGCUGGAAAAUCGGCUGGCAACAUAAAGUCUGUUCCAGAAACCCAACACUCAAAGGAAAAAACUCCUGAAAAAAACUUAGAAGUUUCAGAAGUUUUGAAUUCGGAUUCUAAUGAGGAUUCUUUGAACAGUUCUGAAUUGAGUAAUAAUGGAUCUGAAAUUAGUUUGCCACAGAAUAAAGGAGCAUCGCCAUUAUUAAACCGUGAUGAUCUGUCGAUCGAGUCAGUAUCUGCUCGUGUAAAUCAACUAAAAGAAGAAUUAAAGCAGUUGAAAGAAGAUGUUCAAUCUGGAUUCAAAUCGAUUGAAAAACAACUUAUUGGAAUUAAGAAGAGUAUCUUAUAUGAUUUAAAUUUGAAAUUCGAACAUCUUAUUCAAGUAAUGUCGAGCAAUCUUACUUCAGCAGAGGAGUCAAAACAAAUGGAGAUUUUGCCAACUCUACCAAAAAGGAAUAUCACCGACUUUCUCGAGUUUGAAAAUCAAUUGUGUGCCGAACAAGACUUGAAAUCUCCAUCGAAAACAUUUAUGCGUCUUCAAUCAAAACCAUUGCUUGUUCAUACAAAUAUGAUAUGUACGAUUUUACCAAUGAUUCUAACAAAAAAAGUGCAACUCGAAUACAGUGGAUUUGGUCGUCCCAGUAGAAAAAAACAGAAAAAAGACUUUUCAUCGACUCAGACUUUCUGUCUUUUAAAAGAAAUUCAUCUUGAGAAGUUUUCCAACGUGCCGUUACAACAAUUUAAUAAUUAUAUUACCCGCUGGUUUUCCAAUGCAGGCGAUAGGGAGCGAGGAAAAAAAGACAGAAAAUCAAACCAUCCUGCAAAUUAAAGCUUUUAUGGAAGAAAAAACCGUUUCAUUUUUUUUACUUAAAAUUACAUACUUAAUUUAACUAAGUUUUUCAUGCAAGUUUUCACUGACGUACUAUUGUAAAACAUG